AUGGUGAGUGAAUUUGUGCAUCAAUACGAGAAAGCCUUAGAUGCACGUUAUUUCAAGAAGAAAGAGAAGGACGUGCGAACAAAAUCGACACGGGCAAUUAUGAAAACGUUAUGGAAAAUUGAAGAAUAUGCGGCCUCAGUCUAUACAAGGAAGUCUUUCAUGAUCUUCCAAGAUGAGCUAUUCAAUAGCCAACAGUACAAAUCAACCAAAGUUGAUAAAGAGGGUGAAAGUAAGAUAUACAGAGUCGCACCGAAUGACAAAGAUAAACCUACUUAUUAUGUAACUUUGGAGAGUGGAAAAGCGAAGGAUGAUCCAACCAUGAGAAAAAAUAAGUUGAUGAUGCAAUUCUACGAUAUUGUAGAACUUGAAUCACAAUCAAUACAUAGAUGUAACCAUUUCUCUCUUGCUUUAGACAGUGUUCACAAGGAGUUGCUCUUGAUGAAAGAAAUUGAAGGAAAAGAAAAAGCAGAAGGUGGAAACAUGUCACUCACUGAUUCACAAAUGUUAAAAUCACAAGUUGUAUCAAAUUUUACACAAAUUUUGUUGGAUCCUCCACGGGUGUCAACAAAAGGCCGACCAAAAUCGUUGAGAGCAAAAAAUCCGAAAGAAACUCAAACCACGAAGAAAAGACGUUGUAGCAUUUGCAAGACUGAGGGUCAUGCUAAGAACAAUUGUCCUUCAGUGAAGGAUCUUGGAAAUACAAUUGGGAACAAGACUUCAAGUUUGGAUCCACCGCUUCAAACAACUGGGGGUCAUACUAAGAACAACUGUCCUUCAGUGAGGGAUCUUGGAAAUAUAACUGGGAACAUAUCUCAAAGCUUGGAUUCGUCGCUUCAAACAUGA